AUGUUGCGAAGACCACUCACUUCUAUAGAAAUAAAGGCUGAUGAUAUCGAUCAUAUGGAGAAGGUUCUGCUAGACUUGUAUCAGAAAAGGAUAAUGGAAAAGUACGGUUAUCAAAGAGGGUACAAUAACGCUCAGAAUAAGAGGAAGGUGUUCAAAGAUGAUGACAGUGAAGAUAUCGUGGAAACCACAAAGGAAGAGCUACAAAACGUAUGUUCUGACUUCGGCGCUUUCACUGACAUCAUACUCCCUCCCUCCAAGAAGAUGCCCAAACGCAUUGCCGGCUUUGCUUUUGUUCAGUUCAAGACGAGAGAAUCUGCUGAGAAAGCCAAAGAUUAUUUUAACUCCAAUAAGUUCCAGGGACGGAUGGUAGCCGCCGAUUGGGCACUACCAAAGGAUACGUCGAAAAAAUUUGAGAAACCUUCUGUUAGUACUCUGAAUAGUGAUGAUGAAGGUGGAGAGGAUGAUGAAGAAAUGAGGACGAAGAAAUUUGAGAAACCUUCUGUGAGCACUCUGAAUAGUGAUGAUGAAGGUGGAGAGGAUGAUGAAGAAAUG